ACCCUGCCGGGGAAUUUCGAGCGGCACUGGGGAUUGUACACUUACGAUGGUCUGCCGAAGUAUCAGCUAAAUCUGGGAACGGCAAAUGGCGGCGGUCUUGUAAAAGCGAAGAAUGUGAGGUAUCUGGACAAGAAAUGGUGCGUUUUUAAGCCAUCCGCGAGCCUGGACGAUGCGAAUGUGGCGCCGAGUGUAAGCUAUGCGUGUGAGAAUGCGGACUGUACUAGUCUUGGAUACAAGACUUCGUGCGGCAAUCUGGAGGCGAGGGGGAACAUAUCUUAUGCUUUCAACAGCUAUUAUCAGAUAAAUGAUCAGAAUGAGGUGGCCUGCGGGUUCAAUAAUCUGGCAACUAUUACGGACGUGGAUCCGUCUACUUCGACCUGUAGAUUUGAGAUUAUGAUUGAGACUGAUUCUGGGUUCUCCUGGAGAUGGAGUUUGGGGAGGGAUGGGGGAAUGAUUUGGGUGGUG